CGCGCAAAGAAUUCAGUUCUUCUACGACUCUUGUCUCAGCUGAGGAUAUUAUAUUGGUCAUAUAAUCAUACAUCAAUUUGGAUGAACUCCCCCCAGAACAAAUCGCUGUACUCCGUAAAGCUUUUGAAGCUUUCGACAACCAAAAAUCAGGAAGCAUUCCUUGCGAUAUGGUAUCCGACAUCCUUCGUCUUAUGGGACAGCCUUUUGACAAAAAGAUUCUGGAAGAACUCAUUGAGGAAGUUGAUGCUGACAAAUCUGGGCGCCUAGAAUUCGAGGAAUUUGUAACACUAGCUGCCAAAUUCAUCGUUGAGGAGGAUGAUGAAGCCAUGCAGAAAGAACUUAAAGAGGCAUUCAGGUUAUAUGACAAAGAAGGAAAUGGUUACAUCCCCACCACCUGCCUUAAAGAAAUUCUGAGAGAAUUGGAUGAUCAACUCACAGAUAAGGAAUUGGACAUGAUGAUUGAAGAAAUCGAUACUGAUGGAUCAGGAACAGUUGAUUUUGAUGAAUUCAUGGAAAUGAUGACGGGAGAAGUCUGAAGACAAAGCUCAGUCAUAAGAACUUUGCAUCUUUCCUUGAAAAACUAUUUACUUUUGGUCUUAAAGUCUUUAUUUAUAACUGUUAAGAUGAGACAAACAUGAAAAAUAUUUAUUUUAGUUACAUACUGUUUAUACAUAUAUGGUUUAAUAAAUAUAGUGAAAAAUA